GGCAACAAACCACACCACCACACCACAAUCUUCAUUGUGUUAAAUUGUAUCGAAUUAGAUCUGUUGCCUCAUGCUGUGUAAUACAUACUGCUAGUAUCGAGUUGUGUUGCGAUGACGGACGUGUACCAGAAAGACAAGGUCUAUGAAGGACCCAAGCUGAACGCUUAUCCUCAUGAAGAGUUGGGUGUCGUGAGAGGCCGUGCCAAGGACCCCUUAAAGUACCUGCAAGCCACGGAGCAACGAGCAAGAGAGCGACAAGUGGCCAUUGAAACUGUCAAGAUCCUUCGGAAGAGUGUCAUCGAGUGCUACCGCAAGGAAGGAGUCAAUCACUACGAAAACUGCAAGAAAGAGGCCCAGGACUACUAUGAUGUCAUCAUCAAAAAAGAUAUUGGUCAACUGCAUCCCAACUGGCAAGACCCUAAAAAGUUUGAUGGAUGGAGCUAGACUAGCUACAAGCCUCCUGUUUUAAGAAAAUAAUUUUUGUAAAAGGACGUACCGUAGCCGGUGCCCCCUCUGGUAUUCGAACGGAAGAGAUCGGCAAGCAGCUCAGAAUGCUACCGAUAGAAACCGGUACCGUACCGAUGUACGGGAAGAGUGCAUAUUCUAAAGACCAGUGUUACGGUGUCUG